GUUUAAGUGUUGUAAUAGAAGUAACACGACAAUGAAAGUGUUUGCGCCGUGUGUCAUUUUUCUAUCUUUCUUAAGUACCACAAUUAGUAUUUCGCUCAAAAAUAAUCAGACGUCCUCGAAGGUAUGUACAGAAAAAGUGAUCACAUCGAUUUUUGGAGCCGAAACACUUUACUAUGUAUUCAAUGGAAGUAGUGAUCUGUUACCGUUCAAUUUAAGAAAUCCAAGGAUUGUUAUUAACACUAGUCGUCCUAUACGUUCCUUAAAGAGGAAGAUUUCGAAUAAUUUCAUAUUUGAAGUCAGAAAUUUGAAUUUUCUUAAAAAAUUUAUUUUUUAUCUGCAAUAUACAGGCACAUGGAAAAUGUAUGAUCAUGUCAUUGCAAGAUCACUUGUUGUUACCGAUCAGGUAUGGCGAGUGGAAAUGAUUUUCAGUGUACUAUGGAAUCACGGCUUUACAUAUGUGAAGGUUUUGGUGAUCAACAAGGAUGAAGAUGCAAGAUCGCUGUUAUUUACAGCUAAUCCGUAUGAUGUUCAGAACUAUUGCGGCAGACUUCCGAACAGAAUGCUUCUUCAAAGCUGCGAUCAACCGAUUGCCGACACCUUUCCACGUCGUAUCACAAAUUACCACGGAUGUUACAUAGCAUUCUCUUCUGAUGCCUUUACGAAGUAUUUGGAUAAAUUUAAUCGCAGAAAUUUUACAAUCAUUAUCGCGGUUGAAAUGUUCAAUAUCUCUUUAAACGAAGCUCAAAAGAAUCACGAAACGAUCAGAGUAGAUGAUGGGCAAGUAAUUGGCUCUAGGUCAGGAAAUUAUCGUACGACUCACGUGUAUGCACAAGACGUCAUGGUGUGGAUAGUUCCACCAACAAAUGCGAUUUCGGCAUUGGAGAUUUUGGCAGUUAAUUUUGAUCUGGAGGUUUGGAUAUUAGUUUCGGUGAUUUUUGCAUUAUUUACCUUAGCUUGGUAUGUUUUGGACAAAUUCAAAACAACCUUGGGCGACAUUGUUCUGAAGACUUUUGGGAUCACGCUAUUUGGAAGCACCAAUCGCAUUACCCAAUCUUCAAAAUUAAGAUUCAUAAUUCUGUGCUACAUUAUAUACAGUGUGCACAUACAAACAGCGUACAUCUCAAACCUAAUGCGCCUGAUGACUUCACCUCCAACAAGGCAACCGAUUCGCAAUUUAAAGGAACUGCUAGAGGCGGAUAUUCCAAUUUGUUUGUGUGAUAGUGCCGCUUUCUUGAUGUAUGGAUCCAGGUUGCCAGAACUUGAAAAAAUAUACACCAAGAUACAGUUGUCAUGUCAUUUCCGCAAAACUCGCGAUCCUCGUGUGUUGCUGGAGGCUUGGUUUGCACGUCCCAAUUUCUCGAUCGCCCUCCCAUUGAAAACACUACACGUACUGACACUGAGUUUACAAAUGCGCACUCCAAACUACUUCGUGCAUAAUCACAUUUUACCUCCCGUGAUGCACACGUUUGCAACUGGAAAAAGUGGUUUCAUUAUCGACAGUUUAAACAUAAUCAUCGAGAGAUUGACCGAAAGCGGGUUGUACGAUAAAGUAGACAGAGAUCAGAAGUUUUACGAAGACCUCAAAAAACGAGUAUUAGCGCAAGAAGAAGUAAUAGUAGCGCUAUCUUUGGAGCACUUGAAUGGAAUUUUUAUUGUAUACUGUUUUGGUUUGUUAUUAUCUGUAUUGGUGUUUAUUGUAGAACUGAUUGUCCAUCGUUUUUAAAUGUCGUUUAAUCCGCAAAUUGCACUUUA